CUGAUGAGGAGGCUGCAGCUCCCCAAGGAACCGGUGCCCCUGCGCAGCAGCUCGGUGUCGGUGUUGAUCCGAGGUUUUGUGGCUGACCUGGGCUGCGAGCUGCUCUACAGGAACGAGGAGCCGGGGCCCGUGGAGGCCGUGUUCAAGUUCCUCGUGGAAGCCGAGGCAGCUGUCUACGUCUUCCAGGCCUGGCUGGGGGCGGGGGCCUGCAUCCAGGCCCAGCUCCACGAGAAGAAACAGGUGUAGGAGCAGUACGGGGAUGCACUGG